CUGCAGUUCACUCAACCCACCAUGCUUUACCGAGGAGGACCGAUUCAGCCUAGAAGCUCUCCGCAUGAUCCAUAAGCAAAUGGAUGAUGACAAAGAUGGUGGUAUUGAAGUAGAUGAAAGUGAUGAGUUUCUAAGGGAAGAUAUGCAAUACAAAGAUGCCUCUAAUAAACAUAGUCACCUGCACAGAGAAGACAAACAUAUCACCAUUGAGGAUCUGUGGAAACGCUGGAAAACAUCUGAAGUUCAUAACUGGACUCAAGAGGACACUCUUCAGUGGCUGUCAGAAUUUGUUGAACUGCCCCAAUAUGAAAAGAAUUUUAGAGACAGCAAUGUCAAUGGAACAACGCUUCCCAGGAUAGCAGUAAAUGAACAUGCUUUGAUGAUCUCUCACUUGAAAAUAAUUGACCGGAGCCAUAGACAGAAGCUUCAGCUUAAAGCCUUGGAUGUGGUUUUAUUUGGACCUCUCACACGUCCGCCUCACAACUGGAUGAAGGAUUUUAUAUUAACAGUUUCUAUAGUUAUUGGUUUUGGAGGCUGCUGGUUUGCAUAUACACAGAACAGAACCUCAAGAGAACAUAUCACAAAAAUGAUGAAGGACUUAGAAAGUCUCCAAACAGCAGAGCAAAGUCUUCUUGACUUGCAGGAAAGGCUUGAGAAGGCACAAGAAGAGAAUAGAAAUGUUGCUGUGGAAAAGCAAAAUCUGGAGCGCAAAAUGAUGGAUGAGAUCAAUGACGCAAAACGGGAAGCUCAUCGCCUGAGGGAGUUGAGGGAGGGAGCUGAAUGUGAGCUCAGCAGGCUCAAAUAUGCAGAGGAAGAGCUAGUACAGGUUCGUAUGGCUUUAAAAAAGGCUGAGAAGGAGUUUGAGCUGAGAAGUAAUUGGUCUGUUCCUGAAGCUUUGCAGAAGUGGCUUCAGUUAACACAUGAAGUUGAAGUACAAUAUUACAAUAUCAAAAGGCAGCACGCAGAAAUGCAAUUGGCAAUUGCCAAAGAUGAGGCAGAAAAGAUAAAAAAGAAGAGAAGCACUGUCUUUGGAACAUUACAUGUUGCACACAGCUCCUCCCUAGAUGAAGUGGACCAUAAAAUCCUUGAAGCAAAGAAAGCCCUCUCCGAGUUGACGACGUGUUUGCGAGAGCGUCUUUAUCGAUGGCAACAGAUUGAGAAGAUUUGUGGUUUUCAAAUAGCACACAAUUCUGGGCUACCUAGCUUGACUUCCUCUCUCUACUCUGAUCACAGCUGGGUAGUUAUGCCUCGAGUUUCCAUUCCUCCUUACCCAAUUGCAGGGGGAGUUGAUGAUUUAGAUGAAGAUACUCCUCCAAUAGUUUCACAGUUUCAUGGGUCCAUUGUAAAACCUCCCAGCACACUGGCAAGAAGCAGUAGCUUGUGUCGAUCAAGACGCAAUGUUGUGCCAUCAUCUCCACAGUCUCAGCAUGCUUUGCACUCCCCUGACCCUGACAUCCUUUCUGUGUCGAGCUGCCCAGCUCUUUAUCGAACUGAAGAGGAGGAGGAAGCCAUUUACUUCUCUGCUGAUAAACAAUGGGAAGUACAGGAAACAGGUUCGGAAUGUGACUCCUUAAAUUCAUCCACUGGAAGGAAGCAGUCUCCUCCAGCAAGUCUUGAGAUGUACCAGACGCUUUCUCCUCAGAAAGCAUCCCCGGAAGAAUUCUCACUGGAGGAAUCAUCUACAGGAGACUCCUCUUCUCUAACUGCAGAUAUUUCUAGGGGCUCUCCUGACUGUGUAGGCAUGGCAGAAACUAAGAGCAUGAUCUUUAGUCCUGCAAGCAAGGUUUAUAAUGGAAUCCUGGAGAAGUCCUGCAGCAUGAACCAGCUUUCAACUGGGAUCCCAGUCCCAAAGGCUCGACACACCUCAUGUUCUUCAGCCAGCAGUGAUAGUAAACCCAGCCAUGAAGCUGCUUCUGUCCCUAGGAUAAGUAGCAUCCCGCAGGACCUGUACCAAAAUGGUGAAAAAAACAAAAAGCCAUCAAAAAUAAAAAGCCUCUUUAAGAAGAAGUGUAAGUGAGGUGGGCAGAAGAAACCUAUAGUAAUGUUAUAAGAACUCUGUUUUUUUAAAUCUUUAGGAAUGUAAUUCCAUUUGAGCAUUCCAGACUGGAUGCCCUAAUGGAAUGCUCCGUAGUUCAACUAUAUUUAACUGACUGUAUUGUCAAAGGUCGUGCCAGCUGUCAAUGAGAAAUCAUUAAAAAGUUCAGACAGUUUACAUUCAUUUCUGC